AUGGAUAACGAACCACUGUGUACCGAAAUCGCCGAUGAAUAUGUCAGAGAAGUAAUGACUAAUUCACACACCGCCGAAAGUGAUCAGAAUACGGAUAGGAAAAGAUUUUCCUCCGAUGAUAGUGAUGUUGAGGACACGUCUGGAGCAUUCAGGGAGCGAAAGAAAAGUAAGAGCUGUUUUGAAAGGGACGGAGAAUCAUCUGAAGGAUUCAACGCACAAUUUAUGAAGUUUGCUAAUAGUAUGCAGGAUUCCUUUAAGAAAUUAAACAUGAGGAUAGAUGAUUUAGAAGAUAAUCUGGAAAAGAAAAUAGGUAGAAUUUCACAAUCUAUUAAUGCUAAAAUCGAGGAAAGUGUCAAGAAUCGUGUGACAGAAGAAGUGACAAUUAUGAAGGCAGAAAUUUCUGAAAACAUUAAAACAAUAGAACAUAAAAUUGAGAAUUUGAAAAUGACCAGGGAACCAGUCGACCAGAACGUAGAGAGCAGUCGAACAAAGAAUAUAGUGAUUAAAAAUCUCCUGCUCUGCCAGGCUGAGGUGAACGAUUCGAACUUAGUAGUGAACACCGUUGACCGCCUUGUAUCUGAAGUAUUGGGACUGAAAAAUAUCAAAAUUACUCACGCGUCAAGAAUACAGACACGUGAGAACAACAAUAGGAUUAACCCUAUCGUAGCUACUGUUGAGAACAUUGAUCAAAAACAAAGAAUAAUGAAAGCUAAACCAGGGCUGAAGAAAACUCAGGAUUUCUAUAGAGUGUACAUAGAACAUGAUUUACCUCAAGAUGUAAGAAAUAGUAACUAUAAUUUGAUGAACAUUCUGAAAAUAGUUGGUGGUGAUAGGGAGUACAGGGUUGUUGGGGGACGAAUUACUCGACAUGUCACUAGUACGUAUACUAGAAGGACAGAUGUACAUAGAAACGCGAAGAGAGGUUCAGGAGGGGUUGGAAUAUUGGUGAAUUCUGAGAUACUUGGACUAUAUGAUGCUACUGUAUUGGAUGAUUCUAAAGAAGACAUUUUGUGGUUAAAACUAUCGCAUAAGACUCUUCGUAAUAGUGACCUGUGUAUAUGUGCCUGUUACGUUCCGCCUUCCGACUCUACUCGAGCAGGGGGCGUAGACACUUUUUUUAAUGAUCUAUUGCAACAAGUUUACUGUUUUCAAAAUCAAGGAAUACUAUAUAUGGCGGGUGAUUUUAAUGCACGAUGUGGUGACGAACAGGAUUUUAUUGCUGGGGUGGAUGAUAUACCAGGCAGAGACAUAAUUGAUACUACAAGUAACCUUUAUGGAGAUAAACUUAUUGACUUUUUGACAAGCUGUAAUUUAUGUAUGCUAAAUGGGAGAGUAUAUGGUGAGCAUGGUUCCAAUAAUUUUACGUGUGUGUCUAAACGAGGAAAAUCUGUGGUUGAUUAUGCCAUUACAACUCAUGAACAAUUAUCAAACUGUAAAUCGUGCAGUGUUUAUCUUAUGUCUGAUUUAAUAAACCUAUAA